UUCACGUGCACCCAUGAAUCACAUUGAUGCAGACAAAGUACACAUCGUCGAUGAACCAUUGGAUGCUAUCAAUGUGAUCCGAGAACGAUCUUUGCGUGGUCAGGUGUACGAUGAGUCUUUCUACAUUUGCAACAUUUCCGAUAUCUUAAAUAAACAUCGCAUCUGGAAACAGUACAUGCCCAGAGUUAUUCCAUAUUAUGCUGUGAAAUGUAACGACAGUCCAAUUGUUAUUGAAACAUUGGCUCUUAUGGGUAUCGGAUUCGAUUGUGCAUCACGAGGUGAGAUUUCCAAUGUCAUGAGUUAUGGCGUAGACGGCAAGUCGAUCAUUUAUGCGAGCCCAACUAAGCCGAUUGCUCAUCUUAAAUUUGCGGCUGCGAUGAAUGUUACUGUUAUGACAGUUGACAGUGAUUCUGAGUUACAGAAAAUCCGUGCACAUUAUCCCAAAGCAAAUUUGCUACUACGCAUUCGAUGCGAUGCAAAGGUAUCUUUGAGCCCACUUGGUGAUAAAUAUGGCUGUUGUCCAGACACAGAAGCUGAACACCUAAUUGAAUUAGCCAAAUCAAUGGAUUUGAACAUUGUUGGGAUUAGUUUUCACGUGGGUUCUGGUUGCCAGGAUCCACCCGCUUAUUCAAAGGCAAUUCAUGCUUCACGCAAGCUAUUUGAUUUUGCUGAAAAUCUAGGAUUUCAUUUCAAUAUUUUGGAUAUUGGUGGUGGUUUUCCCGGUGAUAAUAAUACUAAUAUCAAAUUGAUUGCAACCAUUAUCAAUGAUAGUCUCGAUUUACACUUUGCAUCGUCAAACGUAACGUUUAUCGCCGAGCCGGGUCGAUUUUACGUAGCAUCAGCAUAUACGCUUGCUUGCCAAGUACAUUCGAUACGUGAAAUUCGUCAAAAUGGACAACUCGACAGCAUGAUGUAUUAUGUUAACGAUGGCGUUUAUGGAUCUUUCAAUUGUAAUUUGACCGAUCACAAAGCCAUUUAUCCGCUCACUUUGAAGGGUGACAAUGAAAAGAUGUUCAGAAGUACAAUCUGGGGCCCCACAUGUGAUGCACUCGAUCGGGUGUGUGAAAACAUUUCAAUGCCUCGUCUUGAUAUCGAUGAUUUUAUCAUAUUUGAGAAUAUGGGCGCUUACACAUUGCCAAUGGCAACCAACUUUAAUGGUUUUGCGUUGCCAAAUGUUGAAUAUUUUAUCGAACGUAAGCAUUUGGACGAAAUAAACAUUGAAGUACUCAACAGAUGGAAGAGCCAAAUAAAAAUCGGCAGCUGUGGCAAAAAAUCAGCUGGCAGGGCCUAAUUUACCGAAAAUAAAAGAACUCUUCAUUGUUUGAU